AUGGGCGUCAACAAAAUCACCCACGUUCCGGGCACCGGGCCGCAACCACAAGCUGGACAAACUGUUAGAAUCGAGUAUACCGGUUGGUUGAAGGACUUGAGCCAGGCCGAUGGAAAGGGAGCCCAGUUCGACACCUCGAUCGGCCGUGGGGAUUUUGUCACGCAGAUUGGGGUUGGAAGACUCAUCAGAGGAUGGGAUGAGGCCGUAUUGGAAAUGAAGGUUGGCGAGAAGGCGACAUUGGAUAUUUCUAGUGAUUACGGAUACGGCGAGCGGUGA